AACAGUCUUUCCAAGAAAGUUUCUUCCUUUUCUCUCUCGAAUGGAUUCUAACGAAACCCACCAACAGCAGCAGAAUCGCAACGCCGCCGCCGCGUUAGCGGGUCCCACCGCCCCUUCUCAGGCCAUGCACAACCGUUCAUCUGUCGGGGCUCUCUCUCUGCUCCAGCCUCAACCUCUGCAAGGGGUCAUGCUCGACGGAUCGCCUUACUCCGUCUCCGUCGCGACCCAACGAGGACGAGGAAGACCGAGGAAGUACGCUCCUCCUGAUGUCAAUGUCAUUGAUGGCGGAGGUGCAAAUGCUGGCCCACCUGCUAAACGCAAAGGUCGUCCUCUUGGCUCCCGUACUAAGCAGCCGCGCAAAGCUUCAGGAGGAGGAGGAGGAGGACCGCUUACAGCUCAUGUCAUUAACGUCAAUGCUGGAGAGGACAUAGCUAUGAAGUUAGUGGCGUUUGUGAAUCAAGAACCACGCGACGUCUGUAUUCUCUCAGUUUCAGGAGCUGUAUCUAGUGCGGUGAUUCAAUCUCACAAUCCUUUUGGACUUGUUAAGCUUGAGGGCCUUUAUGUCAUCACUCAUAUGUCAGGUACUUUCUCGAAUACUGAGAGUAAUGGUACUGUGACCAGAACUGGUAACUUGACCGUGUCUCUAGCUGGCCCUGAUUUCAUGGUUGUGGGGGGUUUUGUUGGUGGAAUGCUUGUAGCUGGUUCACAAGUCCAGGUCAUUGUUGGAACCUUUGAACCAGAGAGAGUGAAACUGAGAGCAGCUUUAGAAUCAGCCGAUGUGUUGAACUCAAAUGGUGGUGGUGGACCAGGAUUACCUCAGUCUCAGGGACCAAGCGAGUCAUCAGAGGAAAAUGCUAGUAAAUCUCUUGGAAACUCUACGCCACAGCCACCUCACCAUCUUCCCCUCUGGCCUGGCAACAAUCCUCAAUAAGCAAAAUGGUUCUCACCAAGGGGUUGACUUCUUUGUUCCAUCAGAAUUGUCCAUAAGUGGAUUGAUCUUUCUUACUCUCUUGUUUUCUUUUUGUUCAUACUUCUCUUCGAUGUAGCUUUUUGUUUUAGAAAAAUAGAAAGAGAGAGAGAGAGAGAUGUUAAAGUAGGGUUGAGUUCAUAUUUUAAGUUUGUUACUUUAGUUUCUUUUGAU